UUUUCUUGUACCGUAAGUAGAUCUGAUCCCCACAUUUCUGGCUGUAUUUGAGCUAUGAAAAAGUAAUUUGAAAGUAACUGUGGGGAGCAGGCAGUUGUCUUAGGCUGGCAUUUUCAGGCUGGCCUAUGGCAUUAGGUACAUUGUCUCAGUGAACUUUAAAUAACUUGAAUUUGGUUUUGGAGACGCCAGCAUUUGUAGUUCUCUCUCCUAAGCAACAGCAAAGUACCACUUUGUAAAAACAUUUAUCAACUCAGAAGCCAACCUUUACAAUGGGAUUAUUUGCAUGUCCUCAGCUGGAGUAGUUUUACAACUAUGAAGAACAGUCCUCUGAGAGGAAAUCUAAAAGGUUUUGUCCCAUGCUCUUGCUGAUUCCUUUCCUUUUUUUCACCUCAGAAAUCAUGUGAAAUUUAUUCCCUGUUAUAAAUUUGCUGUUUGUAGAUAUUUAAAUCAGUGAAUCAUCUGUCUUCCUUCACAGAUGCCCUCAGAACAUGUCUAACUGGACCAGUCUGUGGUACAUCUGGUUAAUCUUGCUGCCUCUGUUCCUGCUUCUGCUCUGUGGGAUUACAGCGAGCUGCAUCAAAUUCUGCUGCCGAAAGAAGAGGCUUCCAGUGGAAACCUUCUCUAGGCACCCUUAUGAUUUAACAGUUAUUGCUAUUGACAGUGACAGCACUGCCCAUAGCACAGUGACCUCAUACAGCUCAUGGCAGUACCCUUUAAGUGCCCCUAUUCCUUCGGUAUUUGUGGAUAUGGAUAAGAACACUGUGUCCCUUCCAGCUUACAGUCUCUAUGCAAUGGAGUUGCCACCUUCUUACGAUGAAGCUGUCCUAAUGGGUAAACAACGCAUUGAAGUACCACAGAUAAGCCAGAAAUGCAAUGACAUCCCUGGACAGGUGACAUCUGGUGAGAUGAAUCCCAUCCAGUAUUCACCUGAUACAAGCAACAGAUAUCCAGCAACACAGGCAAAUUCAGGAAAUUCAGAAGAUGCAACGCAAGAACAGCUGCAGCUCUGUGACUCGUUUCAGAUGGGGAGUAAAGGAAGGAAAGGAGAGUAAAAGUUAAAGAAGACAUGAAGAGUUUGUUUUUCCAAGUAGGUUAUGAUGGAAAGAUGUUUCCUUUCAUGCCCUUGUAAUGAUCUGUCAGAUAGAAGAAAUGUUUUCUGUGACUGCUUUUAUCUCCUGGUAAAGCUUCUUCAAGGAUAUGAAAUGAAGUAAAAGGGCAGCAGUUUAAAAAUGCCUAUAGAAGUGGGACAGAGUAAAAGGGCAGCAGUUUAAAAAUGCCUGUAAAAGUGGGACAUGAAUUGCUUGUUCACAUUCUGAUAAAAAUAAUAAAAAUAUUCUUUGUGUCCAGCA